CUAAAAACACUUGAACGAUAUGGUAUAAGGGGGGACGAGUUAGACUGUAACACCGCGUACAGACACUUCCGGGUUAUAGGUUUUCUUGCCGGUUGGAAUGUUGUGAGUUUCACGGAGUUUUCGGCGGACGGGAGGAAAACACGCGCGCGGCCACCGCGAAAAGGAACCGUGGCUGUAAUGACUCUGAAUCAGGGUCUGCAGGAGAUCGUGACCGAAUCCUUCUGUAGCGUGCUGAGAUCAGUUCCUCGAGGGCUGACUGUGGGACCUUCUCUAGCUCAAGAUGGACAAAUGGGCCUGUGGUGUGUGGGAUGGUCUCUACAGAGCGGAACUCUGCUGGGGUUGGAGGAUCCACACACACAGCCAGGAGAAGCAGAGAAAACUGAAGGAAACAUCUCAGGUAGAGCAUCCUGGAUGAGAUUUGCGUGUACCGCCUCGAGUGAAGAUCAGAGGAACGUCAUGGUGCAUGAGCUGGAUGGAAAACCGUGUUUCAGGACCUGCAAGGACAUCAGACAGGGAACUGAGCUCCUGGUCUGGCCCGAAGAUCAGGACACUGUGAAGAAUAUAGGAGAAGAUCAGUGUUCACAGGAGACAUCACAGAGAGAGGAGGAGACACCAACACCUGGUUCUGUACAGCAGAGCUCAGAGGGAGAAGAAGAACAGCUGAAGGUCCUGGAACACAGAGAAAGUGGUGAAACAGAAGAGAUGGAUGCACAAAUUGCUGAGAAGAUGAGGAGCAGUGAUGAAGCCACAGCGCUGGAGCUCACAAAGCCACCUGAGAAGCUCCUAGUGUGUGUGAGAUCCAGCUGUCGCCUGGCAAUGAAACCUCGCACAGUGCACUCGCCAAGCGGCCGCUUAAUCAAUCGAUCCCAAGCGCAAAGACGUGGCAUCGCUACACACGUGACCAAAAACUCCCCGAAGAAGAACAGGAACGAUGACGAUCGGCUCAAUGAAGAGGGAUCUGAAGACACGGAGAACAUUCGAGAGCGCAAGUACGAGUGUGACGAGUGCGGAAAACGUUUUUUCCAGCUUUGCCAUUUGAAGAAGCACAAACUCACACACUCCGAGUUGAAGCCGUAUGUGUGUCGAGAAUGUGAAAAGUGCUACAGGUCCAAGGAGAGCUUUCACGCACACUUACUCUCGCACGGUGGACUUCGACCUUAUAAAUGCCAGCAUUGUGACAAGAGCUACGGUCUGAAGCGUGACCUCAGGGAGCACCAGGUGCUGCAUACGGGUGAGAAAGCGUUCGUGUGUGAGGUGUGUGGGAAGGCUUUCGGAAGGAGGCCGUCUCUGCACGCUCACAGGUUGGUCCACGAGGUCAAAAGCGUCUCCAAGAUAAAAUGCCCAGAGUGUGAUAAAGAACUCGCCAACCGGAACUCUCUCAGGGCCCACAUGAGCGUUCACAGCGAUGAGCGGAGGUACGCGUGUCCACACUGCACCAAACGAUUCCGCCAGCAUUCCAACCUGCAGGGGCACCUGCGCCUCCACACGGGGGAAAAGCCCUACAGGUGUCUACACUGCGAGCUCUGUUUCUCACAGGUGCCCGAGCUGAAGCGUCACAUGAUUCAGCACACAGGUGAGGCGUACCUGUGCAGCGUGUGCGGCAAGGCGCUCCGGGACCCACAAACACUCCGGGCUCACGAGCGCCUGCACGCCGGCGACAGACCCUUUAAGUGCCAGGAUUGUGGGAAAGCGUAUACCCUGGCGACCAAACUCCGCAGACACCUGAAGUCACACCUGGAAGAAAAGCCACACGAGUGUGAGAUAUGCGGAAGCAAAUACAUCUUGAUGCAGAGUCUACAGCGCCACCUGAGGGUGCACGCAGGUCUGACGGGGCACACGGUACCAACCAGGGGGCGACCUCGAAAAUCUAACCAUAAAGAGAAGGACAAAUGGACAGAUGAUGGAAAAGAGCGAUUUUUGCCCCAGCAGGAACAUAUCGAUACUCCUGACUCUGCAGAAGGCUUGGAGCAGAUGGAACUUGGGCAGGACAUGAUAGAAAUUGUGGUGUCCACUGACAGUACUAAGUGCAUCCUGGUUCAUACGCAGGACACUAAGUGUGUACCAGUGGAGAACCAGGAGCAGAGUAUGAAAUAUAUGGUGGUGGAAGAUCAGGCCGAGAACGCUGGCCUGGUUCUGAUCCACGGACACGAUGAGCUGAACUCAGUAGCAGAGACGAUUGAAAUAGAGAUGGGAAUAGAUGAGUGAAUGUAACAAAUACUUUUACUCAACCCCAUUUUGUUAGAAGGUUCCUCUGAAAAGGCGGCAGUGGAGUAAAAGACAUUAGUAAAUAUUUACUCAUCUGUACACUGAACCUUGUGUCAUCGCUGUUUGUGCCAAACUGAGCACCGUGUACAAAACACAUCUGUGCUGAAGAGUGACUCGGCACGUCCGAUUAUUAGCCUGAAAACUAGUGUUUUUCUGCAGCGUUAUAAAUAAAUCACUGAUUAAAUGUGUUAAUGAAGAGACAUAAAAACCUCAAAAUAAAUCUCAACCUUCAUUUAUUAUAAACUUCUUUCUUCAAAUAAAACAUGGCCGUAUGCAGGAGAUUUAGUGCGAAUCUGCAGAGCUGAAGCCACUGCUAUUCAUUUCUUUUCCCCAGUUAGAUCAGACGCUACGUGUCAAACAACUCAAACUAAAGUUGAGAUUUUUACACAAUGGGCUGAAGAAUGGAAGGAGAUGAAAGAUGAUGUUUAUUAGAUGAUAUGUGAUUUCCUCAUUCUGAAUCCUAGACAUCCUGCUCAGAUCAUGUCUGAAGAUCAAAAGUGUCAUGAAAAGUUGUUUCUAAAUAAAUCUAUUGCUUUUGAUUGGUUAA